AUGAAGAACCUUCAGCUCUCCCUGCUCUUCCUGCUCUUCCGAGCCUCGCCCUUCGAGGCCAAGAAUUACAAGAAGAACAUCCCCACCUUCGAGGUCGGCCCUGGCGCCAAGAUUGUCGGCAACCGCAUCGAGUACGACGACCCGGACUGCGACCCGGGGCUCGAGUGCAAAACCACCAAGAUGUGUGCUGCCGCCGGCACGUCGCCCACCCUGUCCGACGACAAAAAGUACUUUGCCUGCUGCGCCGCGGGCCAGCGGCUUCUCGGCAGCCCCGAAACGGCCUUUGACUGCUGCGCGGCCGGCCACGACCUGGUGGGCAGCCCUGAGCACGGAUGGCACUGCUGCCCGACCGGCUUCGAGUGGGACGGCAACCUCUGCAAGCAGGUCUGCAAGAACGGCAAGGUCCUCGUCGACGGAAAGUGCGUCUGCCCAGCGGGACAGGAGGAGGGCCCUGAUGGCCACUGCAAAGACAAGCCCAAGCCUCCGGUUUGCUGCUCUGGCUUGGAGACUGGAAAAUGCUACAUCUUCAAGGCCGAAAACGGAAACAGGCUCGGGCUCCGCAAUGACAACGUCUAUUACGCCGCCCCUGACAGCAUGAUUCAGCGAUACGGCAAGUUCCAGAUCUGCGCGGACGAGAAAUGCACCCCCGGAAGCCCCGUCAACCCAUCCACCCAGGUCUACAUCCGGGACACGUACGGCGAUCUCGCCACCGGCGCCAACAAGGGCCAGUGGCUCAACGGUGCCCAGAACGGAGCUCACAUCGGCCGAACCCCCAACUUCUCCCUCGCCGGCAAGUUUUCCAUCAGCAAGUGGCCGUGCGGCAAGUACUGCCUCGGCGGCUUCACCCAGGGCGUCGGUCCAGCCUGUCCCGCCGACAUUCCCGCCAUGACCUUCUACUCGCUGGAUCCCCAGAUGUGCGUUGCCUUUGACUUUACCGAGGUGCCGUGCGACAUCAAGAAUGAUGCAAACAGCUGCAUUUGGAAGAAUGGGGACCAGUGCUGUAACAAGGUGGACUGCGCCAAGAAGGACAAAGACUCUGCGGAUAUUGCCGCCGUGAACCUGCCGUAUGGCUGGAAAUUCGUGCUUGUGGCCUUGAACCUGGCACUCGUCGCCAUUACGGCUAGAUCAAUACGAGGAGGCCGCGUAGGCCACGUCGUGCCGCGGCAAGACGACCUCGGCCGCUGGAGUAAGAAGGCCAAGGAGUUUGUGUUUUGGGAUUCGCUGUUUCCGCAAACAGUGGCGGAGUAG